AUGGUCCGCGUCUUCGCCGCUGCCGCUGCGCUUUCGGCUGCUCUGUUGGCCUCCGUCACAAAGGCCGACAACUUCUUCAUCGCGGCCGAGGCGCCCGACUACAACAACGGGGUGGUGGGCAACCUGCUGGCCAACGUGAGUUCCGUGCGCGCCGAGGGCGAGGCCUACGCCGUCUUCGACUGGGACAACACGUGCAUGUUCGGCGACAUCUCGUACACAUCCGUCUUCUACCAGGUGGACAACCUCCACUUCCGCUUCGCCCCCGAGAACUUCGAGUCCAUCUUCUCGCUGGGCUACAACGCCAGCAGCAGCGACGUCUGCCUCACCAACGGCACCAACUCGGUGAUCGGCCAGGACGUGAACGGCGCCGAUGUGACGCUGGCCACGGCGCUGAAGGAGACGGCCAAGGACUACAAGGUGCUCUACGACGCGUACAUCGCCCCCACGUUCAACCUGACCACCAACGGCACGGCCACACAGCAGCAGCAGCAGUCGAACGUCACUCUGGACGCCAUCAAGGAGACCACCGAGUACCUCAACUUCCGUGCCAAGAUCAGCUUCCUGCUCUUCGGCCUCGAGGCCAUGGACGGCGGCGACACGCACACGGAGUGCUCGCAGAAGAUCGCCAUGACGGUCUUCCCCCACCUGCUCGUGGGCAUGACGGAGACCGAGAUCAAGGCGCUCAUCCGCUCGAGCAUCCGCUGGAACCUGGGCCAAGCUCUCGAGGCCCCCACGUACACGUCGACGGGCGACCUGCAGGUCGAGGGCUCGUACACCAAGGGCCUGCGCUUCUUCAACGGCCAGGAGUCGACUAUGCGCGCUCUGCGUGCGGCGGGCGUAGACGUCUACAUCAUCAGCGCGUCUCCGGAGCUAUACGCGGCCGAGGCCGGAGGCCUCUUCGGACUGGGCAACAUGGUGCCCAAGGACAACGUGUACGGCGUCCGCUUCAAGACGGACGAGGCCGGACUCUUCACCGCUGAGCUGCAGGAGGACUACCCCAUCACGUGGGGCCCGGGUAAGGCCAAGGUCGUCACCAGCAUCCUCGAGCCCAUCCACAAGGGGGCGCCCCCCAUUUACUCGUCCGGAGACUCGGAGGGCGACUGCGAGAUGAUGAGCACCGUGCGCGACGGCGUCGUCGACACCAACAACCGCCUCAAGGGCAACUCGAGCUGCAUCAACGACUUCUACGUCAAGGCAUGCGAGUUCUUCGGCUCCACGGAGCCCAGCACGAACAAUGCCUACCUCCUGCAGGGCCAGGACCAGGUCAUUGGCACGUGGAUCACGUCGGGCUUCAGCACGGAGGACGGCGUCACGUACGAGUCGGCCGUCUCGUCCUACAACGGCUGCUCGCAGUACCAGUUCCUCGACCUGUAG